AGUCCGUCCAGAUGGCCAACUUGGAUUCCGUCAUUAACACAGGAAAACCACUGUGAUUUCAUUCCAUAUAAGCCUGAGAUUCCGUCUCUAUGAAGCUUUCCCCCUUUUUUUAUAUAUGUGCAUAAAAUUUGCUUUUAGUGUUUGCUUGAUUUUGAUUGCGCGGUCGCUCUUGAAAGAGAAGGUAACCCCGGGGAAGAGCUGUUAAGGAUUAAUAGAAAACGUGGUGGGUGGUGCUUGGACUCUCGGUUACAGCCAUGGCUACCAAAGGGUUGGUGGUGUAUCUCUUAUGUGGGUUUUCCAUUGCUGUUCUAUCAGUUCUUUACUUGAGUCACCGCCCAAGUGUGGAUAUCGCAUACUCGCAGCCUCUUUUGUAUGGAAGAAACAAUACCUUGCAUGCCCCAUAUGGAUCUAAAAAAGUUUGGCCUGAGUUAAAGUUUAGUUGGAAAAUCGUGGUGGCAACGUUGAUAGGGUUCUUCGGAUCAGCCUUUGGAACGGUGGGUGGUGUAGGUGGGGGAGGCAUUUUUGUUCCAAUGCUUACUCUAAUUGUUGGAUUUGAUACCAAGUCUGCUGCUGCUCUCUCCAAAUGUAUGAUUAUGGGUGCUUCCGCAUCAUCAGUUUGGUACAAUUUAAGGGUGCCUCAUCCAUGCAGAGAAGUACCCAUCAUAGAUUAUGAUCUGGCACUGCUAUUCCAGCCUAUGCUUAUGGUUGGCAUCACAACUGGUGUGGCUCUUAGUGUUGUCUUCCCCUAUUGGCUCAUCACUGUGCUGAUCAUCGUCCUGUUCUUGGGGACAUCAUUAAGGUCUUUUUUUAAGGGCAUCGAGAUGUGGAAGGAAGAGACUAUUUUGAAGAAAGAAAUGACACGGCAGCAAGCAACUUUUGUUAAUUCUCGCGGAGAGUUGCUAAUCGAUACAGAGUAUGAGCCAUUGGUUCCCAAAGAAGAGAAAACACCUAUGCAAGUUUUACGAUUUAACGUCAGAUGGAAAAGGCUUCUGGUGCUUUUACUUGUAUGGGUUUCCUUUAUACUUCUUCAGGUCAUCAAGAAUGACAUUGCGGUUUGCAGUACAUGGUACUGGUUAAUUUUCAGCUUACAGUUCCCCGUCGCACUUGGAGUGUUUGGAUAUGAAUGUGUCAAAUUGUACAAAGAAAGCAUGAAGAGGAGGAUCACUGGGAAUACAGAAUCAGUAUGCGAGGCUAAACUUGAAUGGACACGUAUAAAUCUUGCUUUCUGUGCACUAUGUGGCAUCUUAGGAGGUACCGUUGGGGGCCUCCUUGGCUCUGGUGGUGGAUUCAUUCUUGGUCCGCUUCUGCUCGAGAUUGGUGUCAUCCCCCAGGUUGCUAGUGCGACAGCAACAUUUGUGAUGAUGUUUUCAGCAUCCUUAUCUGUGGUUGAGUUCUACCUCCUUAAAAGGUUCCCCAUUCCAUAUGCACUAUACCUCACAGCAGUAUCAAUUCUGGCCGGCUUCUGGGGGCAAUUCUUCAUAAGAAAACUCAUCACUUUUCUAAAGAGAGCUUCACUCAUUGUGUUCAUCCUCUCAGCUGUCAUCUUUGCCAGUGCCGUGACAAUGGGGGUGAUCGGCAUCGAGACAAGUGUCCGAAUGAUUCAGAACCACGAGUUCAUGGGAUUUUUAGGAUUUUGUAGCAGUCAAUGAUCUCAGGUAGUGAAGAACAUACGUUGUGAUGUAGAAAUUAAAGAGAAGCAAAGUAGGAGUGAGCAAAAACAAUUGGCGUGAUGAGCGUACAAAAUAAGUGGUGUUGGCCAAUGCCUAAUUGUCCAACCCCUGGGAAAGUUUCCAUCAUUACAAGGGAGUGGCCGUGGUGAAUGUUAACUUAUCGUUAAAAUCACCGCCUACGACUCAUUUGUGUUCUUUUCAUUGCAGCAGUUGAUUCUGCCAAUGUAUUGGGUGUGUGUGUGUGUAAUCAAAGAUCUGUCGUUUAAGAAAACACUUCAGGUAUUCUCUGUUCAAUGAUGUUGCCUCCUAAGGUUUGUUCUAAA